AUGGACGCGGGCAAGCGUUUGAGCAAGAUCAUGCCUGAAGGUGGCAAAAUCAUUGUUUGCACCUCGCCUUUCGAGAGGACAACGCAAACGCUUCUCGGGCUGUACGGCGGCGGCUUAAACCAGGAGAAUGUGGAGUGUGUGCACGUGGACCCCCAGAUCCGGGAGCAGGAGUUUGGAAAUUUCCAGGAUCCUGGUCUGACGUCCAAGGUACGGGCUGAGGAGCAGAGGGUGGGACGAUUUUACUACAGGCGCCCGAACGCAGAAAGUUCAGCCGAUGUUUUCGACAGAGUCACACAGUUUUGGGACAAGCUGUUUGAGGACAAUGGCAGAGGCUUGCUGACAGAGGGCGGCGUCAAGUAUGACAUGUGCCUUAUGGUUACCCACGGCCUGACCAUUCGAUUGAUGCUCAUGUGCUUGUUCAAAUGGUCAGUGGAAACUUUUGCAUCGGUGUGGAAUUUGGGAAACUGUGAGCACAUCACUCUCAAGAAGAACGCCCAUGAGCACAAAUACGAGAUUUGCAUCGAAGAGUCCUAUCCACCCCGCAUGCCCUGGGCAACUCGGGAAGCCUGGAUCGUUUUUGCUCACAUAAAGGCUCCGCAGGAGAUGGUCGAGAGGCUUGCUGCGCUGAAAGAGGCUCAGAAGGCUUUGAUGGACGAAGCGUGCCGAGAGGAAGCUCUGAGAAUCGACAAAGCCAUAGACUCCAUGGAGAACAAGAUACUCAGAGAGCGCUCUGAGCCAUAUACUGUCAUCAAUUACCUGGCGAUACCCCAGCCUCGAACGAUGCAGAUCGACGGGGUGCUAUCUAGACUGGUGCCUGGACAUGGCCAUGCUGGCAAGACGCCAGAGGCUUUGGAAAAACUAGUCGCAGCACCAGACGAGACUGACAUCGAGUUCAUCGAUUGGUGGGGCGACAACUUGAGCUACCAAGGCAAAAUGUUGCGGCUGAACAGAACGGCGACGAUCCACGCAACUCGUUCUUCGCGAAGCCAGAGUAGAAAUCACAGCCGCAGCCCAACGGAGGCCACUGAGACUGAUGAUCCGGACGACUUGUGA